UUUAAAUCUUAGAUCCCAAUGAUUUUUCCAUCCCAAUGGAACCGAUGGAAUGUUUAUAUAAUAUCAUCAAGAAUAUGGCGUCAGUAAGAGCGUUAAAUCACAUUCUUCAGAGAAGGCACUUGAUCACCCAUAUGCCAAACACCUCAUAUUGUCUUAGUAUUGUUCCUAGCAUUAAACACAGUGUUUGCUAUUCGACGAAGAAAUCUGUAACUAAGGUAGACUCCAGUGAAACUAAUAAUCAGGUACAGAUUGGCACUGCAGAAGUAGUUAAAGAAAACUUGAAAUCUGCUGGAUAUCUUGGAGUAAUAAUAGGUGGCAUUGGGGUUACAGCUUUUAUGUUGUACGCCCUAUUUUCGGAGCUGUUUUCCAGCAAAAGUCCAUACUCUGUUUACAGCGAAGCUCGUGUCCGUUGUAUAGAACAUCCGAAAGUCAUGGAUAUUCUCGGAGCACCUGUAAAGGCUUUUGGAGAGGAAACUCGACGUGGACGUAGAAGACAUAUCACUCAUAUGUAUUACAUUAAAGAUGGCGUGAAGUAUAUGAGAAUAAGAUUUUAUGUACAAGGAACGAGGAGGCAGGGAACAGUAUAUGCAGAAGUGAAAGAGAACGCGUCUGGCAAUUACGAAUAUUCAUAUCUGUACGUUACAGUGAAUCAUGUUGGAACAAUUGUGAUAGAGGAUAACCAAGAUACUUCUAAAAUGCAGCAAGAUGAUAAUUCUACAAUGGAUUUUAACUUCCUAUUGGAUAGUCGUUAAAUGAUAGAAGAGUGUUAAAUGUCAAUUAAUCAUCGCUUCUCAAGCAAAACGUAAAAGCUGAUUAAGGUUUUUUCAAAUAAAA